AGUAGUCCUGUAAUAUUUGUUGUUGUUGUAGAUUUGCGCACCAAUUUCUUAGAAAUUCAUUAAAUAUGAAUGAAAUGGAAGAAGUACUAAUUCUAAAAGAUUGUAAAACUGUUCCUGAUAUUGUACACGAAUAUGAGCCAACAUUGAAGUUAGGCCAUAUACCUUUAGUCAUUGAUAAUGGUUCAUACCAAUGUAGGGUUGGUUGGUCAAUAUACGACGAGCCACAUUUAAUCUUCAAAAAUCUGAUAGCUCGGCCUCGCAAGGACCGGUGUAAAAAAGAUGCUGAGCCCCCUGUGACGCCUCCUAUUCAAAUAGGGAAUGAUAUUAUCAAUAUUGAAGCUGUCAGGUUUCAAUUGAAAACACAGUUUGACAAAAAUGUGGUGACACACUUUGAGGCACAGGAGCAGGUCUGCGAUUACAUUUUCUCCCACCUUGGCAUUGACAAUGAAGGCAAUGUACCUCAUCCCAUUGUCAUGACUGAGGCAUUUGUCACUCCUAAUUACUGCAGACAAUUGAUGUCUGAGCUCCUUUUUGAAGGUUAUGGUGUGCCAGCUGUGAGCUAUGGAGUAGACUCCCUGUUUAGCAUGUAUCGGAAUGACAUUGGUGAUACAGCCCUUAUUAUCAACUGUGGCUACCACACCAUACACAUUAUACCUGUUAUCCGAGGAAAUGUUAUAGCAGAACAUGCUAGGAGAAUCAAUCUAGGUGGCAGCGAAAUGAUAGCCUACCUGCACAAACUAUUGCAACUCAAAUACCCAGUUCAUGUCAACGCAAUCACCAUGUCGCGGGCAGAGGAGAUCAUACAGGAGCACUGCUCUAUAGCCCUGGACUAUCAGGAGGAGAUCAAGAAGUGGGCUAACCCGGACUAUUAUGAGGCUAAUGUGAAAAGGGUACAACUGCCGUUUGUUCAGUCAGCUAGCUCUUCGGGAUUGACUGCUGAACAACAGAAAGAAAGGAAGAAGGAGAUGGCACGGAGACUACUUGAAAUUAAUGCGAGGAAAAGAGAAGAAAGGUUAGCAGAAGAUGAAGAGAUGCUAAAUCAGUUACUUGCGAUACAGGACAUGAUUGAAGACGGAGAUACAGAUGAAUUCAAUGAAGCAAUCAAGGGCUUUGAUAUAAAAAGUUACGAAGACCUGCAGCGUCAAAUAGCAAACGUGAACACGAAAAUUGAGAAAAACAAGCAGCGUAUCCUAGCGGCCGCCAAUGCAGAAGAGAAUCUAGAGUCGCGGCCUACGGGCAGGAUGCAGCCGCCCUUAGACCCGGAGGCUUUUCAGCUGUGGCUCAACGAUACUAGGACUAAAUACCGCGAGUUGCUGAGCCGGCGCGACGCUCGGCGCGCGCGGCGCGCGGCCAUGCUGAAGCGGCGCACGGCGGCGGCGGCCGAGCGCAUGCGCGUCAUCUCGCGCCUCGCCGCCGCCGGCGACGACUUCGGCAACCAGGACUCCGACUGGGACGCUUAUAAGAGUAUAAGUCGUGAAGCGGAUUCAGAUUCGGAGGCGGACGGGGAACGACUUAUGGAGCUAGAGGAGGUUCUCCGGGAGCACGAGCCGCAGACAUCCUCACAUCAACAUCAUCAGCUACAUCUGGCGAUAGAACCACUGAGGGCCCCAGAACUAAUGUUUCAGCCGUCCAUGAUGGGGAACCUGGAGGCUGGUUUAGCGGAGUCCAUAGAAUAUGUGCUCAAACACUUCAGCCCAGAAGAUCAGCUUUUGCUGGCCAAUAACGUGUUCCUGACUGGCGGGUGUUCGCAGUUCCCAGGUUUGAAAGAGAGACUAGAAAGAGAACUUUUGGAAAUGAGGCCUUUCAAAUCGACACAUAAAGUCGUGAUGGCUCAAAAUGCCAGCCUCGACGCUUGGUACGGCGCGAGGGACUUCGCGGGCAGCAACGAUUUCGAAAACUGCUGUAUAACUAAAGAGGAAUACUACGAAAUGGGCGGAGAGUACUUGAAGGAACACUACGCAAGCAAUCUCUAUUAUAAGAGUCCCGCUCCUAUUGUAGAUGCUACCUUAGCACCGGCCGGCGAUGCUAAUGUGGUCAAAGAAGAAAUUGUGGUAGAUUGUUAAAUGAAUUGGUAAUAGA